UUCGUCUUCAGUUCCUUAUGUUAUUCAGUGUGUGUCAUGAACAGAAUUCACACAUGAACCGCUGAUACAACUCACAUUUCUCGUCUGAUCGGAAUUAAACUCAGUGUCGGAGUGCGCAUGAGAUAUGGCGUGGAGUCUGUAGUAAUGUAAGCUGGAGCUCUUCCUGUAGCGUCAACAGAGAGCAUGGGGCUGGACAUUGACGUCAAGACCUUCUGCCACAACCUUCGGGCAACCAAACCCCCUUACGAGUGCCCGGUGGAGAGCUGCCGUAAAGUCUACAAAAGCUACAGCGGCAUUGAAUACCACCUGUACCAUUACGACCACGAUAACCCGCCUCCGCCCCAGAGCACCCCUCAGAAGAAGCGAAAAGGUCGCCCGCCACGGGCCUUCUUGAUAGGUUUGGGCGAUGGCCCCGAUUCCAGUAUGUGCUCUGGGAUUACAGUGCAAGGGACGACGCCGGGUAGCCCGGCUGAGUUCUCUGAACGCUCUCACUCGCCCGUGAAAGAGACGAUGACCUACGCAGAGGCCCAGCGCAUGGUGGAACUGGAGAUCCGCGGGCGAGUCCAUCGCAUUAGCAUUUUCGAGAACCUGGAUGUGCUCUCGGAGGAGGACAGCGGAGCUGAAGAUGCCCCGUCCUCUGGAAUGGGUGGCUCGACGGUGUGUAAUGGGGGUGGCAGUGAGGGUGGGGUGAUUGGUAAGGACAGACUGGACGCUUCUGCAGCAAAUGGGGAGAAAGGGCCUCAGAAAACAGGCAAACACAAGAAUAAAGAGAAGAAGAAGGACAGCAGCUCACAUCAUCACAUAAGCACGAGCGGGCCAGCCGUCAAGCUGCCUGAGGUGGUGUUUAGAGAGCUGGAUCAGGACAGACCCGACGCCCCCCCUCGACCCACAUCUUACUACAGGUACAUUGAUAAGUCUGCUGAGGAGUUGGAUGAGGAGGUGGAGUAUGAUAUCGAUGAGGAAGACUACAUCUGGCUGGACAUCAUGAAUGACAGGCGUCGAUCUGACGGUGUGGCACCCAUCCCACAGGAGGUGUUUGAGUAUCUGAUGGACCGACUGGAAAAAGAGUCUUACUUUGAGAGCCACAACAAGAGUGACCCGAGCUCUCUGAUUGAUGAAGAUGCCGUGUGCUGUAUCUGUAACGAUGGAGAGUGUCAGAACAGUAAUGUCAUCCUGUUCUGUGACAUGUGUAAUCUGGCCGUGCAUCAGGAGUGUUACGGGGUUCCUUACAUCCCUGAGGGCCAGUGGCUGUGUCGACGCUGCCUGCAGUCACCCUCCAGAGCCGUGGACUGUGCCCUGUGCCCUAAUAAGGGCGGGGCUUUCAAACAGACCGAUGACGCCCGCUGGGCACAUGUAGUGUGUGCACUCUGGAUCCCGGAGGUGUGUUUUGCAAAUACUGUCUUCCUGGAGCCCAUCGACAGCAUUGAGCACAUACCCCCCGCGCGCUGGAAGCUCACCUGUUACAUCUGUAAACAGCGCGGCUCUGGUGCAUGUAUACAGUGCCACAAAGCUAACUGCUACACUGCCUUCCACGUCACCUGUGCCCAACAGGCCGGGCUCUACAUGAAGAUGGAGCCUGUACGAGAAACCGGCGCCAAUGGGACUUCCUUCAGCGUACGCAAGACAGCCUACUGCGACAUCCACACCCCACCAGGCUCCGCCCACCCGCUGGGAGGAGUGGGAGGAGCUAGUAUGGGCUCCUCCCACAGCGAGGGUGAGGCGGAGGAUGAGGACGAUGUGCCAGUUGGUGAGGAGGAGGGGAAAGGGUGGAGCUCAGAGCGAGCAAAGAGAGCGAAAGCAAAGUCCCGUCUGAAGAUGAAGAGAGCGAGGAAGAUACUGGCCGAGAGGAGAGCAGCCGCACCGGUGGUAUCUGUGCCCUGUAUACCACCUCACAAGUUGAGUAAGAUUACCAGUAACCUGACGGUACAGAGAAAGAGUCAGUUCAUGCAGAGACUACACAGCUAUUGGACCUUAAAGAGACAGAGCCGCAAUGGCGUUCCUCUCCUGCGACGACUCCAGACACACCUACAGUCACAACGCAAUGCUGAACCUCUCCCGACCGUGGCUUCAAGGGACAGCGAAGAGAAGCCCUCCAUGUUGAAGGAGCAGUUAAAAGCGUGGCAGCGGCUCAGACAUGACCUGGAGAGAGCUCGACUGCUGGUGGAACUCAUCCGCAAGAGAGAGAAACUCAAGAGAGAGACUAUGAAGAUUCAGGAGCUGGCAUUGGAGAUGCAGCUGACUCCGUUCCUGGUUUUGUUGCGCAGCACUCUGGAACAAUUGCAGGAACGAGACACCAGUAACUUCUUCACUGAGCCUGUUCCUUUAAGUGAGGUCCCAGAUUACCUGGAUCACAUUGAGCGUCCAAUGGACUUCCAGACGAUGUGGAAUUGUUUAGAAUCACAUCGUUAUCUCAGCUUCGAAGCUUUUGAGGGUGACUUUCUGCUCAUCGUCAACAACUGUUUGAAGUACAACGCCAAAGACACCAUCUUCUAUCGUGCUGCGCUACGAUUACGAGAAACAGGUGGCACUGUUUUGCGGCAAGCUCGCAGGCAGGCUGAGAGAAUCGGUUUCGAUUAUGAGACUGGUAUGCAUCUUCCCCGAGAGCCGAGCCCAGAAUCGCCUCAUGAACGAGAGAGAGACAGAGCAGCAUUAAUCACUGAAGACGAUCUGCUGUCGGAUACGCGGCAACGUUUGCCUCAAGAGGAGCAGCUACAGAUCCUGCAGGCGCGCUAUGAUGAGGUCAUGUCAGGCAAGCACAGCAUAGGUCAAUCCAGGCGAGCGAAAGCCUUGAAGAAGGAGAUGACGGUGAUUAAACGGAAGAUAGCCCAUCAGCGUGAGGGUGGCUGUGUUAUGGGCAACCACGUGUCAGGUGUGUCACUGGAGCGCGGCUCAGUGAGUACACGACACGAUGAGGAAGAGAGCAGCAGCCACGAGAUCGGCGGGAAAGAUCUCAGAACCUCCUCAUCUGUGCUGGCCCCUGAGGUGGGCCGUCGUACCUCUGUCCUCUUCUCCAAGAAGAACCCUAAAGCUGCGGGGCCUCCCAAGCGCCCAGGUCGACCCCCUAAGAACCGAGAAGCCCUUCAUUGUACGAGAGUGCUGACCUCCAGUUCUGUGGGCCCACCGCAGGUGCCCUCCCUCACCCAGUCACGCAAAAGACUACACAGUCCCCAGUCCAGCUCCAGUUCAGAGUCUGACAGCGAACACGAUCACCUCUUGCUGGAUCUUCACAGUAAUGGUUUUGGUGGCAGCAGUCAGCCGGUGACAGAGAGUUUUCUGGUGUACAGGAACGAGCGUAGUCUGCCACGCUCCAGCUCUGAUUCUGAAUCCACCAGUAGCAGCAGCAGCAGCGCAGCAUCAGACAGAACCAGCACUCCCUCCAAACAAGGCCAUGGCAAAGCGUCGUUCUCUCGCUCAGUGUUUCAGGAGGACAGCAGUGAGGAGACGUCUGGAACAGAGAACGACUCCUACUCAUUGGGUGGAGGCCGAGUCUCACACUUAGUUCGAGGCAGGGGGCGCUCUGGGUGCUGGAUGAGCUCAGAUGACUAUAGUUCGCUGGAUGCUCUCGAUCUGGUAUGGGCCAAGUGCAGAGGAUACCCCUCUUACCCCGCUCUGAUCAUUGAUCCUAAGAUGCCACGAGAGGGUGUGUUCCACAGGGGUGUCCCAAUCCCUGUCCCACCUCUAGAGGUGCUCAAACUGGGAAAGCAGAUGACACAGGAGGCGCGAGAACAUCUCUUCCUAGUGCUCUUCUUCGACAACAAGAGGACCUGGCAAUGGCUGCCACGCUCCAAACUGGUUCCUCUCGGUGUCAAUCAGGAUCUGGACAAGGAGAAGAUGCUGGAGGGCAGGAAGUCAAACAUCAGGAAGUCUGUUCAGGUGGCGUACCACCGCGCCAUGCAGCACCACAACAAAGUCCAGGGUGACCCCAGCAGUGAUACCAGCGAAAGCGACUGAACACACACACACACACACACGCACAUACACGUCCAACCGGCAAAACUACAUACAGUGAAGCAUUCACACUGAAGUAUAGCACAAAAUAAUUUUCUUAACAAAAUAUAUGAGCAUCCUUAAAGCAAGGUAAACUAAAGAAAAGUAAACUUAAUUCAAGAGAAAUUCCCUGAAAAGGAAUAUUCCUGGUUCAACACAAGUGAAGCUCAGUUGAUGUUUUUUGUGGCAUAAUGUUGAUUACCACAAAAAAUUAUUUCAACUCGUCCCUCGAUUUCUUUCUAAUGGAAGUCAAUGGGGUCAAUCCGUAAAUGUUAAAUACUCACUGUUUCAAAAGUAUAGACACAAGACAAACAAUAUAUGUGUUAACAUGAUUUUACUGUGAUAAAAUCACUUAAAUUACCAUAAAAACAUCAAUAUAAACAAAUAUAAGUGUCAAAUAAUACAUAAGUUUUAUCAGAAGAAUUAAUGUAAGUGCUUUUAUAAAAUUAUAAGUUUCACAUUUCUGCCUUUUAAACCCUCCAAUAAUUGUCCCCAUUGACUUCUAUUGUAAGUGUCUCACUCUAACUUCCAUUUUACAUUUUUUUAAAGAAAAGGAGAGACGAAUCAAAAUGUAUUUUGUAGAAAUCAACAUUAUGCCACAAAUUCUGUCGACUGAGCUUAACUUGUAUUGAACCCGGAAUAUUCUUUUAAAACAAGAUGCAUUUACUUGAGAAGCAAAAUUGCAUUCUAGUAGACUUGUUUUAAUAGAAAUACAUUUAUUUUUCUCACUCCACUGGCAAAAUAGGUGAUAGAAUUUUAAUUUUUAUACUAUCUUAUGUAAUUUAGCUUCUUAUGUAAUCCAUCUUAACUGGAAAACAAACAAAAAAAGUUUAAGAAAAUAUUUUUUGUGCAGUGUUUGAAACUAUUAACAAAGAUGUAUUUAAACUGAAAGACACACACACUGUAAUACUCUCUACUCUGGUGCUAAAUUGCUUCAGGCCUGAUGUUAAAGGACGUGUCCUCAGGAUGUGUGUCUGAACGUGUUCACAGGUUAAAUGUGACUUUUUCAGGUGCAGCCAAUAAUAAAGGACAAACACACAGUCCAUGUACCUCACACUACAGCCAGUAUUCAAUAUUUGAUGAAUUCUUUGAUAGACUUCUGCUUACCACUAAAAAAAGGCAUGAAUUGUGAUUUUCACAAUGCGUGUGAAACCACAACCCCAAAUUUAGCACAUCUAAACCAUGUGCUCUGCUGUUCGUGUGUGUGUGUGUGUGUGUGUGUGUGUGUGUGUGUGUGUGAGUGCGUGUACACGUGAGCGAGAAUUCAUGUUCCGUUAAAUGUGGCUGAAAUGAAGAGCAUGCAGCACAUUUUAUUUUUAAAAGAAAUUGGUAAUGUAUUUAUUUGUUCUUCCAAAUGAGACAAACCCUCCUCUUCCCAUAAACGCACCCACACACACCUUCACCUCGUGAAUCAGUGUAUCUGUCGGUGUUUGUUGUGUUUAUAUUUUGUGACCUGUGUUGUUUCUUGAAUGAAUGGAUGGAUGAAUGCAUUGAUAACUAACUGUUGUCUGAUAAUGUGCCAGUUCUGUUACUGUAGAACUUUUAUAUAUAUAUAUAUAUUAAUAAAUACAUGCAAUAGACUUUAAUAAAAGGUUUGAGUUUUUUUA